AUGCUUCAAAAAGUUCCUUUUGUAAAAAUGCAUGGUCUCGGUAAUGAUUUUGUUAUUGUUAAUGGAUGUCAUAUGCCUAAAAGCUCGGAUAUUCACAGCUUUGCAAAGGAGAUUUCUGAUAGAGAACUUGGUGUAGGUUGUGACCAGUUUAUUAUUUAUAGACAAGACAGUGAUAAAAUAAAUAUGACGAUUUACAAUCAAGAUGGGUCUGGUGCAAAAGCUUGUGGAAAUGCAUCAAGGUGUUUAACUAGAUUAUUAUUUGAUCAUACAGGAGCUAAAAAUAUAAAGCUUGAUGUUGAUGGGAGGGUUGUUUCUGGCAAGUAUAUUGAUAAAAAUACAAUAAAAGUGGAUAUGGGUCCGCCAUCAUUUGAAAGUAGCUGGAUGCCUGAUAGCACUGACUUGUGCUCACUUGCAGAGCGUUAUAUGAUCGAGCCUAAAGAGAUGAUAUGUGUUGAUGUUGCUAAUCCACAUUUAGUAAUUUUUUCUAAACUUUCGAAAAAAGAUAUGGGGAUGAUUGGUAAUGAUUUCCAAAAAUGUGAGCUGUUUCCAGAUGGCGUAAACGUUAAUUUUGCUAGGAUUGAAGACAACAAGAUCAAUUUAACGGUUUGGGAAAGAGGUACUGGCUUUACUUAUGCUUGCGGAAGCGGUGCUAUUGCAACUUUUGCCGCUGCAAAUAAGCUAAGUUUUUUCGGUGAUGAGGCUGAGAUAGUCUUUAAACUCGGUUCUUUAAAAAUGCAAAAGCAAAAUGAUAGUGUUUUAAUGAGUGGGCCAGCUAGCUACGUAUUUACUGGAGAGCUACUUAAGCGCGCUGCUAAAUUAUCCAAUGAAAAAGCUGAUGGAUCACUGAAAGCAUUGCCAGUUGUUGAUGCGCGAGCUGCUGAUUCAGGCUUUUUUUUUGAAAGAGAGUUAUUUCAUAAGGAUCUAGUGCCAACUGUAAAUCUUGGUAUAUCGGUCAGACGUGUUGGUUCAGCUGCGCAGAUUAAAGUAAUUGAAAAAGUUGGCUCAAUGAAACUGAAACAUGCUCUAUUUAGAGAGAUGGGAGCGUUUGCUUAA